AUGCAAGCAAAGUCGUCUACAUUGAGACGUGGUUUAGGCAACUCUAGAAGAAAUGUGCGAACAUUAAAUCCAGCUUUUGUUUAUGACUACACACUGCGUUGCGCUAUUCACGCCUGUCUCGAGGAGAACAGCAAGCAAAAGCUACAGCCCACAAGCAAAGAGCAAAAGAGCAACAACAGACACUCUGUGCAUUUGAGCGGUGUAAGUGAUGUCUUUGGUAACAUUGCAGACAAGUUUGGCAGCGAGGAACCCAACAAAGACAAGCUCACCAAGCCAGUGGUCGUUGGUUUGUUGCGUCGCUUGGACGAUAUCAAGGACGGGAAGGAUGUCAGCAAACCAGAGUACCUGGAUCGCCGCUUCAUCUCCAUUGUGAGACAAGUAAGGGAUGUCGUAAAGCAGCAUCGUUUCCGUCCUCAAGGCUCUAUCAACGACUUGGUGAUUACCUUUCUUCGAACCAGCGAAACUGAACUUAAAAAGUCUGAUCCUAAUCCAGCCGUAUGGUUUAAAGACCUGGAUCGAUAUGUGGUGCUGUUCACAGAGGUGCUGCUGCUCACGCUGAAAGAGGAUGCUCCCAACUCGGCUUCUCAGGAACUGAUUGACACGUUGCGCAAAUCCAUCUUGCCUCCCAAAUCAAAGCAGCAACAGCAGCAAGAACAAAGAAAUAGCAAUCCAGUAACCAACAAUGCUGACAUUCUCGACAUUAUUGAAAACUUCCCUAUGGUGAAAACAGUCCAAAACCUGUUUCAAAUCGAGGAUUCUAUCCAUAGGCAAAAGAUUCGUGAUCUGAAGGCUGUUUGUACGGAAUCUAAUUUCUUUUUAGACCUCAAGCAGUGUAUCAAUGCUGUCAACACAAACCAGCCGUUUCCUGGCAGAAGAGAGGAUUUUGCUAGUCAGCAGGCAUAUGAUACAUGGGUAACCAGAGAAAAAAAGUAUCUGCAAGGUUUAAUGACCAUCAUGGUAACAAGCCCAACCUUCUCGCUCAACAUCAGCAACGAGCAAGACGUUGGUUCUGCAAAUCUGUUAUCGGGAGGCGGCGGUGGAAGCGCUGGAUCUGGCCCCAACAAUGUUGGCAGACGACCUAGCGAUGCCAAGAGAAGCUCUGUCUAUGGCAAUCUCUCUUCUACGGAUGAUAGCCCUUACACAUAUAUCCCCAACGAUCCACGAUCUUACUUUCGUCUAUUGAUGAACAUGUGCAUGGAUCUAGAUACAAACAUUGCUCCAGAUACAGAGCGCGCCAAGUCAAGUGUCUUGUCGCAAGCCUCAGAGGAUCUUUUGAGAGAGUGUUGGAAGACAUGGCGCUUAUCCCCGCCAUUCAGAGCCGUACUCUACCUCGAGCUGAUCAAGAAUCGUUUGGAUACAGAUGAAUCUCAAGGCGAAGUGGACAUUGAUGAAGCAAGCGAUGCCAUGCGUGCUCUUGACAAGUGUUUGAAGGAAAAUGAGAUUCGAAAUUGGACUAUCAACGAUCGUGAAAACUUGAUCCGAGUCUUUGAAGGACUCAACGAAACCUGUCUCCAUUCUCUUGCAGAUUCAUUGAGUCAAUACUGGAGAGUCAACCCCAACUAUGUCAAAGAUCAAAUCGCUCUACUCGACAGCAUCUACGAAAAUCCUGCGUAUCUGGAAGACCAUCCUGAUCCGAUCCGUCAAUUCAGUUUAUUGGAAGAAACCAUUGCAGGCGCAGCUGUGUCUCGUUGGCGAGUGCUGGAGAAAUCCGUGUUGAACCCUAAAAAUGAUGAUAUGACCAAUUUGAUGAAUAUGGCUGAUAAGCUGAUCAAGGAGCUCGUUAGUGUUGCCAAAAAGUUUAAGAAGCCGCUCAAAAACACACUGCAUUUACCUGGUAUAGUCAUGGCCAGACAAAUGCCUUUUUUUGUCCUGGAAAUGGAAAACUGGGCAUUCCUCCCUGAAGCAAGGAAUGCACCUAUUGAUCUCACAUUUCAGUUGUAUGACAAGGUGCUCACGUUGAAGAGAUUAUACGAUCAGUACGGUCCUCGACAGAAAUCUGCCUUGUUUAAAGUGGAAUCGUGGUUCUUGUUGCAUGUGCGUCGCUGGCUAAAGACGACGGCGGGUGAAACGCCUGAAUGGGUCAGAAAUGCCAUUAAACAAGACGAGUUCAAAUCCAUCAAUGAAACCACGCUGCAUUCAUCCUCAAUUGUUGACUUGUUCACCAUGUUCCAUCAAGCGGUUGAUUUUGUGCAAAAGUUGGAGUGGCCAAACAAUCUACAAGAAUGUCGAUUCAACACAGCCCUUUCCAAAGUGAUUGGCGUUGCACUUGAACAAUAUACCAUGGAGUUGGAAGAGAUGAUCACAAUGGACAUCUAUCCUCGCGCCUACAGAGAAGACGAUACCAACGCCAGUGCCACCUUUUUUGAUAGAGCUCGUUAUCAGCUCAUUGGUAAUCGCCAACAUGGCAAAGGCAAUGAAGAGCCUUAUGACUUUAUGGCACAAACGUGUGUCAAGAUAAACAAUAUCGAGGGUGCUCGUGCCAAACUGGAUAGAUUAUAUCAAAAUAUGGAUGUGGAUGAGAUUGCUCAGGAAAUGAGAGAGUACGAAUCCCAACUACCUAUUACAGAAAAGAAGGAAGAGCAGCCUACAAACUACCUCUACUCUAUCAAGGUUGUACGCGCAGAAAACUUACCCCCUGCUGAUAACAAUGGAUUAAGUGAUCCUUAUAUUGUGCUUGAAAUCGACUCGAAGCCUAUUGCAAGAACAAGAACCGUGUAUGAGACCUUGAAUCCUCGCUGGGACCAAGUGUUUGAUAUCUGGCUCACAGACGAGACCAUGGAUGUGUUGGCUCUGGUCUAUGAUGAGGAUGUGAUCGGUGCUGACGAAGAAUGUGGUGGUGUCUGGUUUAAAUUAGGCCCCUCUUAUUAUGGCGAUUUCCAAACGCAUGAAUUGGUCUUGAACUUCAAUCCUCAGGGAAAACUUGUUUUGCGUAUCAGUAUGGAAGGUGAAAAGGACGAUAUUCAGUUCUGGUUCGGUAAAGCUUUCCGUGUAUUGAAGAGAGCAGAGAAUGAUGCUGCGGGCCUCAUUGUAGAUAAGAUGGGAAGCUAUUUCCGUCAAGUUUUGAAUCGCAAGUCUUUGGAUAAAUUACUGGGGCGUGAUCGCAGUUUCUUUUCGUCAUUCUCUAGAAGCAGUAAACACGUUGAUCCCACACUACAGGAUUGUGAAAACUCUCUUGCGCCCUUGUUGGAUUAUUUGGAAAAGAACCUCAAGAUUUUGAACGAUAACUUGUCGGAAACCAACAUGCAACUUGUUGUAUUGAGAAUUUGGAGAGAGAUUCUUAUUUCAUUGGAAAGCGUCUUGUUACCACCACUUUCAGAGCAACUGUCGGAAUGGAAACCUUUGGAUGACUAUGAGUUCCAUGUUGUUUAUAAAUGGCUAGAGCUUCUCAAAGUAUUGUUCAAUGGUGGUGAAGAUGGCGAUGCUGUUCCACUGGAUAAACUAGAGAACUCUCAAUACUACGCUCUUUUAGCCAUCAACGCAGCCUACAAUUUGGAAACCGAGAAAUUGAUCGAGGGGUACAACACCACUGUUAAGAAUCAACUCGAGUUGAAGCUACGUGGAGGAAGAAAAGUAGACAGAAGUAAAUCAGUAUACCAUUCUAAAAACACUGUUAGAAAGAGAAAAUCAAGCGCUCGUAAAUCUGCUUCUAUCGAGCUUCCCAAUAGCGACACUAUUCUUCGUAUUCUUCGUAUGAGAUCUGGCAGACAAGUGCGUGAUUUCCUACACAAUGAAUUCGAAAAGCGUAAUAAUCCUACAGCAUACAUCAACAAUGCUACAGCAGCAGCAGGCACAGGUACAGCAGUGGAUUCAGAAGGACAUGAAAUUCCUGCAGUUCCUACUAUUCCAACCAAUGAUUUGACGCCUAUUACUGAGCAUGAUACUAUGCCGCUGCGAUAA